CUCGGGAACCUUUAUAUACUUCUGAGACUGUAGCUGCGACGGGUUAGUGUCAAUUUACUACAGCGUGCGAAGACGUUCACGCUUCUUAGUCCAGUUCCCGUGAUCUUGAUCGUUCAUUAUUUUGCAAAUUCUCAAUUCAACGAUUCUAAACGAUUCACUCCUCUACUUCUCUUCGGCGAUUAAUUACCGAAUACUUCCUUUAAACGACAAUAUCGCUCGUUCUCCGCAAAUCGAUCGAUCACUGGUCAACGGUUCAUUUCAAAAGGACGAGUCGGAGAGGAAAUGAUGGAUUCGGUAUUCCGUACCCGCUCGCUGGGAACAGCAGCCGAAGGUGUCCGCGACCAGUACGCGGACGGCAGGGCGGCUAAAGUCUGGGAGGUGUUUAUCGGCGACAAAAAGCAAAGGACGCAGAACUAUCGGGACUUCCUGGUGGGCCUGCUGCGCGACAAGGGCUGCCAGAGGAUCCUGGACGUGGCCUGCGGGACCGGCGUCGACUCGGUCAUGCUGCUCGAGGAGGGCUUCGACGUGGUCAGCGUGGACGCUUCGGACAAGAUGCUGAAGUACGCGCUGAAGGCCAGAUGGGAACGCCGGAAAGAGCCGGCGUUCGAUAAUUGGGUGAUCGAGGAAGCUAAUUGGCUGACCUUGCCCAAGGACAUUGGUCACUUGAUAGGAGAGGGUUUCGACGCUGUGAUUUGCUUAGGAAAUAGUUUCGCCCACAUGCCGGACACGUUUGGCGACCAACGGGAGCAAAGGCAAGCGUUGCUGAACUUCGAACGCUGCGUAAAACCGGGCGGAUUGUUGCUGAUCGAUCACAGGAACUACGAUUACAUAAUCGAGACCGGAAACAUACCGCCCAAAUGCAUCUACUAUAACAGUGAACACAUGACGAACAUCAAGGCUUCCGUUUUGUUCGUCUCUGGGAAACCAGCGAUCGUCACCUUGGAUUAUAUGAUCACCCUGGACGAAAUCGACGAGGACGAUGGCCAGAAGGUGAUCAGCGAGUUCAGGCUCUCGUACUAUCCCCACAGGUUGCACGUGUUCAGGGACAUGCUGGAAGAGGCUUUCCACUACAGGGCGAAGCACACCAUCUACGGUGACUUUAAACGGUUGGAGGACGUCAAGCAUCCCGGUUUCUACAUCCACGUGAUGGAGAAACCCGUCUAAGAGACGGCGACCGUCAUAAGAUGGCUACCGCGCGUCGAGGAUGAUCCGUUCGGGGUCCGUUCCAGUCUCUAGCAUUUAAAAGACGGAAGCUGGCGCGACAGCGAACGAUAAUACGCUCGCCGAGGUGUCCGGGGAUUUCCCAAGAUGAAUAUUUUAUCCUACGAUACUCUGUACAAUUUCGUUUUAUCCACUUCUGUGAUGUUUCUUUUGUUUUUUUUGUAACGUGUUGCGAUGAUUCGCGUUGCCACGCAAGGCCAGGCCGUGCUGAGUAAUUGUGCUACCUGAUUAUGUUAUUAGAAAUAUUUUGUUGACAAAAGAAAGAGCAGUGCCUUGUCUUGCCCGUCAACACGGCCUGGCCGAGACCGGCUGCGAGUAGCAAUAGGAAUCAUGCGCAUCGGAUAUUGUAGUCUAGUUUCUUUAUGUUUAUUUAUUUGAAGAUAACGGGAAGUUAAGUGUCUCAAGAAGCGAGAUCCUGAAUUGUUUUUCGUUAUUAAGACUAGACUGAUCGUGGAAACCGGUCCAGCUUCUUGAGACUGCAAUCAGGAUUUUUUUUAGUUUCCUUUCCGAUCAGUCGUUCGCACGACUCGCUUGGCGGUCGUGUCUUUUACAUCGUGGACGACGUUUUGUAAGGUCCGCGAACGAUAAGGGUUAGAAUAAAGAUGAUGAUGAGUGAGACACAAAGGGUUGUUGAUUCGUAU